CAAAAAAGAUAACACAUCAACAACAUUGUUUAAAAGAAAAUUUAUUUUAUAUUUGUAACAAAUUUUGUAAAGUUUUACUUAUUUAAAAUUAUGGAAGAAAAAAACGGUAAAUGAAAUCUAAAAUUAAAUGUACAAGUUUACAUUGCUAUAAAUAAGUUAUAAAAAAUAUUUAACUGUUAUAGGAACGUAUGACAGUUAAACUAAACGAACAUCGCCCAAAAUGAGCGUGGCCUUGAAGAAUGAUGAGCCGCAGCGAGUGAAACCUACACUUAGCCCUGAUUUCUUCUACAUCUAUAAUGAUGAAGACGAGACUUCGGAUUGGGAAAAUGCUGAGCUUACUGAAUGCGCCGACAAUAGCACUCAAACUAGGGGUGGCUGGAGGCUACGCUCGCCACUACAAAAAUGUGUAAUGCCGAAUCGGAAACCGAGAAGACGAAGAGUGAAACUGAUGGAUUGGAAGAAAUACCACAGACUCGCCGUAAUAUAUUCAUUUAUAGAUGAUUUAGAAAAAGAUUACCCAGCAAUUUGUACCGUGUCAGUUAUUGGAAAAUCCGUGGAAGGACGAGAUAUCAAGAUGUUAAAGAUUUCAAAUAGCAAUGCAAGCAAUUCUGGAGUAUGGUUGGACGCCUGUAUACAUCCUCGGGAGUGGAUCAGUACAGCAGUCGUCACCUACAUUGCGGAUAUGCUUGUCAAAAACUUCUUCACUCUUUCUUCAUCUAUCACUAAUAAAGAUUGGCACAUCAUACCAGUUUUGAAUCCAGAUGGCUACGAAUACACGCACACACACGAACGCAUGUGGAGAAAAAAUCGUGCGAGAUAUGGAGGCGAAUGUGUGGGUGUAGAUCUCAAUAGAAAUUUUAGUUAUGCAUGGGGACAGAGCAACGGCGAAGAAGGAUCAUCUGAUGAACCAUCUCACGUAUUCUACAGAGGCCCAGCACCAUUUUCAGAGCCAGAAACGAUCGCAGUGAGAGAUACAAUAUUGGGAUCAAUAACUCCCUUCAAGGUGUUCCUGUCCUUUCAUAGCUACUUCGAGCUGAUCAUCUUUCCAUGGGGCAACAAAAAGGAUCCGUGUCCAGACUAUCUACACCUGCUGGAGGGUGGCUCAAUCAUGGCAAGGGCAAUACAUGAAGCAACCGGCAAGACAUAUAGAGUUGGAAGCACUAAAGAUCUCACGUAUUAUGCCUGCGGGACCAGCAUAGACUGGAGCUACUCAAUAGCAAAAAUACCAUAUUCCUAUAUGAUCGAGUUGAGGAGUAAAAAACACAAAUUCAGGCUACCAAAAGAAGAAAUCCUUGAGAAUUGCAAAGAAAUCUGGAGUGCUGUUAAGGAUUUGAUGGAUUAUGUGGAUCAACAUUAAAAAGAGCCAACUCCUAACCCGAAACAAUGUGAUGUCAAUGACCCUGGGGCAGUUCUAGUCGUAUAUACGCUUUUGAAAACUGUAACCAGUAAUUUCCACCUUCGAGUAAAUUGACGUAAUCAGGACAAGGUUCCGCUGUGUGACACCAAGGAAACGAGAUAGCUUCACUGCAAGCGUGAAACGUUAGGAAUAUCUUAAACGGUGUCCCCGAGUACAGAAUAAUAUCCUAUAACA